AUGGACGCCCGCGACGGCCGCGUGCUCCUCGCGCCCACCCCCGAGCUCGUCCACAACCUCCAAGCAUCAGACAUUUCCACCCUCAAUCGCGACCACAACAACGAUAAUAAUCAUCAUCAUCAGGAGUUGCCCCCAGUUUUCACCGAGCUCGUGGGCAACCCAAAGAGGACCCUAAGGACAGACGAUCAUGUCGGUGAAUUACCAGUUGAAAUAGUUCUACCCAGGGGUACACUGCUGACUCGCAUUGCAGGUGUAGAGGUUCGGCCUGAAGAUGUCGGCCGUGCCAUUCAGUUUUUGGAGUUCUGCCGCUCCUUUGCGGAGAUCUUUCAAAUAAGGAAGGAGCAAGCAGAACAAAUUCUCAAAGACAUUACUGGAGAUUUUGAAGACCGGGUGGUGCCUUCACUUGUGGCGAAUCUGCACAUUAAUUUGUUUUAUGUCAUCCAAGAACACAACAAAGAGACGUCAUUGAUUUAUUCAGGAGAUGGAGAUAAAUGGAUUAUUGACAUUGGCAACUAUUUUAGUGAAUCUACACUUAACUCAAUGGAACUGCCGCUUGGCUGUUUAAAGCAGGGGUUAUUGGCAUACAUAAAUCUGAGCUCUUCUUCUAAGCUGGAUGUGCUGAAUGCUCUGUGCGAUGAGACCCUAUCUUCUGUAAAUUUAAGGAACCUGAUUGUCGAACAAGUGGAAAGGGCAGAUGAGAGGAAGUGUGAGGCCAGAAAAAAAAUCUGCGCUGCAACAAACAGGAAAAGGAACUAAAGAAAUUCAAAAGUGGCAUGGAUGAAGAGAUGGUUUUGGAAGGAGGAGAAUCUGCUACCAAUGAGGAAAGCAAUAACAUAAUUUCUAAAAUAAAUGAGGCCAAAGAAAUCAAGCAAGCAGGCAUGAAUGGUCUGAACUGUGGAUUAUACAUCUACACCUUUCCUCAUUAAAUUUGUUUCGGCUUUCUGCAUAUUUCUAGGUUCACCAUAUGUUAAAUCUUGCACUUAUGUUUAAUAUAUCCUUCACACUGCAAUUAGUUUACCAUUCUUCAUCACUUUUCAAGAUUUAGCUUGAAUUUGUAUUUAACAAAUGUUCGAGGCUUAUUUGUGGUACUUGAUAUGUGUGCAUUCGGUUUAAGAAAAGAUUCGAUACAGGUACGAUGAUAUUGAUUAGGCAGAUGGGUAGUAAACGAUACCUCAAUAUGGAAACAUAAGGCACUACAAUGAUACCAAAAUAUGUUCCUUGGUACCAUAAUGCUAAGUAGGGACUUUUCCAUCCUUUUUAAUGUCAACCCAAUCAAGAAUGAUGUCCCUUGGUUAACUUAUUUGUGUACCUACCUUUGUUAGCUUUGUUGUUUGUAUCUUCUUUUUUCUUUAUCUUCAUCAUAGCAUCAUGGCACCAAAUUCUCUCUCUCUCUCUCUCUCUCUCUCUCUCUCUCUCGUACUGUAUUAUUCGUGGGUUCUUUCCCUCUGUCUUCAUCAUAAGAACAAUCUUAAGGUAAUUUUCUAGCUAGCGAAAAGAGAAUCAAAUAUUUUUUUCACAAGAUAUCCCUCGACAUAUUCACUAAGUCACACCAGAUGGGAUAGUGUACCAUGGGGUAAAUGGGCUUAUACUUCAAAUGUGAUGUGUUCUUGCAUUCUAUAGAGAAGAACAUGGGGCGUACCUCCGGGCCCCUUACAAACAUCGACCAUCUAUGUCGAUACCCUGCCAACAUACGAGAGGUCUUUUUUCCCAGGCUUUUGUUGUCGACAUAAAUGGCCACACAAACUUUUCUGUAUCUUUCCUUACGUAGCUAACAUUGCUGUUAUUCUUGACCUCUCUGUUCCUGCGUUGUUGUCAACCACCGGGAUGGUCAAUGCUGAUGUGAUCAACCAUUCGACUGAGGUCAUUGAUGUGAGCAUUUGCUUUGGUUACAAAUUUGUGAUGCAAUAGUGGUCUGUACCAAUGGUGAUUGACAAAUUGUCCUAUCGGAGAAAGAAAAUGUGAUGGUGUUCUACGAGAGUGACAAAUGGUCCUAUGUGUGCACCGCCAUAAAUAGCAUAGUUGCUGAGUGCCAGAUUCUUUGUCGAGUGCAUUUUGUCAGAUACUUGGCAAAGCCUCUCCCUAAACCAAGUGUCAGCGAAUACACUCGGCAAAGGAAAUUCACGUGUGACAUGCAUGGAAGCAAUAGAUUCAGUAACUAGCUUGAUUUUUUUAGCCCAUGAGUUCAACUUAUAUGUAAGUUCAGUAUCUUCCUUGAUUGAAGCAUCUAGACUCUCUUCCUCACUUUCCAACAGUGUCUUAUGACCUUCCUACGCAUAUCUGUCAUACCUAACAUCUUCCCCUUUGUUCUCCUGGCCCAUAUGUCACUCCCCAUCUUUGUCAUGGCAACACAUUGUAAUGUCUCUGCGUCUUGUCCUUCUAUCAAACACAAAUCUUAGUAUCUUACUAUUGAAGUGUAUAAAUGGAUUGCCUAGCCUUUUCCAUCUGAUCGGUCUUUUGGUUGCGUUGGCUAGUGCAUGAAGCUUGACACUUACAAUGUCCCUACCAGGACAGAAUAGCAUUAUUGGAAAUCUAGGGUAAGUGAAGUGUAGCUAUGCUGGAGCUAGCUCACUGCUAGUGUGUUUGUAUAGCUGAAAUCAAGGUCUGACGUCUGAGGCAUUCAAUAUUGAUGAACCCAUCAUAAUUUGUACUAAUUAAAGCGGCGGGAAUGAGAUAAACUCUAUUUCGUAUUGAUCAACUGCAUCAUAUAGAUCUAGAAAAAUCGCUGAAGAAACAUGUUAUGAUGCUAAUUAAGAAUCUUGUUCAGUCUGUUUUCUUUUAUAUAUAUGAUGCAAAUAUUUAUUUUAAAUUGGAACAGAACUAAUUAUUCUUUCAUUUAUAGGCGAUAAAUAAGAAACGAAGCACUUUACUAUGAACCUCACAUUAUCUUUCUUCGACAACAUUGUUUAAUAAAAGUUUGACCAUGAAGAGGAGCAUUUCAUACUAUUCAAUUUAUGAGUGUUAUUACAUUUUUUUCAUUCAAUGUAUCAUUUACUGGCAUUUUUUUGUUUUUUUAUCUCCGUCAUUAGCACAGAACAAUAGCAUCAAGUAUAGACUGAUUGGGUAGUUUACCUCUUGGAACGUUAACUAAAAUGCUUAACUUGGCCCCUUACCUUUUAAAGCAUACACUGUUUGUUUAUCUAUUAUGUAUAUUUUGUAUGAACUGAGCCUAAUUCAGUUGUUGGGAGGUGUGGAUAUACGCCACCUAGGUUUGAGUCUCAUUGAACUCUAGAAUUAGGCUGCCUUUGUUAUGCUGGAAAUCAAAGAUGCCUAGGUUCUCUUAGUUAUUCUUGUUUUUUUGUUAUGCAAUGUGUAAAGGCAGUGACCUUUGUCUAGAAAAAGGGCAGCUAGUUUUCUUUUACCAAUUUUCUUACUAUACCACUCAACGGUGGCAGAAUUAAAUGAGCUACAAGAUGUCCCUAGGACCAAGCUUAUCAUGGUAGACAAAGCUGUAGCAUACUGGAAGCUGGAUGGCUAUUGUGAUAACAAUACAUCAAUUAUGUGCCAAGGUUUUUUGAAGUUGUUAUGAAAUAGCCUUUCACUUUUACUCAUUUGCACUAUAAAAAUAGAGAAUACUAAUAUCAUGUUAAUAGCAGAAUUGGACGAUAAAAAUACAAUGAUGAACGAAAGCAAGUGGUUCAUGUUCACUGAAGAUGAACAAAAAGUAUUUGAAGAUUAUGUAACCACAAGGUUGCAAAGGAAGCGGAAAAAUCAUACCCAGGUGUAAUGAUCUACUGAUCUCAAUCUGCUGGUCUCUAGUGGGUUAAAGGUGGAUGGCACAACCCACCCUAUCUGAGACCUGGGAGCAUUUGCAUCGUAGAGGCCAGAGGCAGAUGACAGUUCCAUUAUAGGAAAGUUAUAUAGUUACAGAACAAACAACAAUGGUUGAAGAUUUGGUCACAACAUUUGAACCCGAAGUAUAUGUCAUGUUUUCUUCCUGGAACGCCAAAAUCCUUUGUAACACCAUCAACAUUUUAUCCCCUAGAUGUUCUACAAUUAAGGGAAUGUGGUACAUUAGCUCUUGAAUGCGGUAUAAUCAAUUUUCCCUGUUGUAUAAUUAAUC